CUUCCUUAUUGUGCUGAUAUGCCUUAUCUUCAGUGUGCUUUCUACAAUUGAACAGUAUGCAGCUCUUGCUACAGGGACGUUAUUUUGGAUGGAAAUUGUAUUAGUGGUAUUCUUUGGAACAGAAUACGUGGUGCGGCUAUGGUCAGCAGGAUGCCGCAGUAAAUACGUUGGAGUAUGGGGAAGGCUUCGCUUUGCUAGGAAGCCUAUUUCAAUCAUCGAUUUAAUUGUAGUUGUUGCUUCCAUGAUCGUUCUUUGUGUGGGCUCUAAAGGUCAGGUGUUUGCAACCUCAGCUAUCAGGGGCAUCCGUUUCCUGCAGAUUUUACGAAUGCUACAUGUUGACCGUCAGGGUGGUACAUGGAGGCUGCUGGGAUCAGUAGUGUUCAUACACAGACAAGAACUGAUAACUACACUCUACAUUGGAUUUCUGGGCCUGAUAUUUUCCUCUUAUUUUGUGUACCUGGCCGAGAAGGAUGCUGUAAAUGAUUCUGGAGAAACAGAGUUUGGCAGCUAUGCAGAUGCCCUGUGGUGGGGAGUAGUGACUGUUACAACUAUUGGCUAUGGAGAUAAAGUGCCUCAGACCUGGAUAGGAAAGACCAUUGCAUCUUGUUUUUCAGUAUUUGCAAUUUCAUUUUUUGCUCUGCCUGCGGGAAUUCUUGGUUCAGGCUUUGCCCUAAAGGUACAACAGAAACAAAGACAGAAACAUUUCAACCGUCAAAUUCCAGCAGCUGCCUCGCUCAUACAGACUGCAUGGAGAUGCUACGCAGCAGAAAACCCAGAAUCUUCUACAUGGAAAAUAUACAUUCGGAAACCUGCCAGAAAUUAUCAUUUGCUGUCACCCAGUCCAAAACCAAAGAAAUCAGUGAUGGUUAAAAAGAAGAAAUUUAAGUUAGACAGGGACAAUGGGCCUUCUUCUCCAGAUAGGAUGUUGACUAUACCACACAUCACUUAUGACCACGUGACAGAGGACAGGAGACCUGAUUUCAGUUUUGAAGCGUAUGAAAAUUCUGUGAAAAAAAGCCCAGCAUUUUUAGAUGUGAACACAGGACCCUUCAUCAGGACCAGCAGCUAUGCCGAUGAGCUUGACCUGGAGGGUGAGACACUGUUGACCCCAAUAACUCACAUCUCACAGUAA